AUGGAAGGAGAAAAUAACCCUGAAGAAAGCUUAAUAUCCCCGGUUCCUUGCAAUUACAUAUACUUUCCAACCUUUUUUCAAAGUUUGGUUGUUCCAGUGACACAAGCACCAUUUCCUCCGGUGGAGGAGAAUAAAAAGAAAUACCAAAGAACUUGGGAUAAACGACACAUAGAACUUCUUUAUCAGCUUUCCCAUGAAUUCUCUCAGAAUUCACAUAAAGCUAUAGAGGAUUUGAAAGAAACUGAUCAUAAUCAAAAUAUGGCGUUUUAGCCCCGGCAUGGCCUCCGGCCAUGCAGCUUCGAGCACAUAUUUUAAUUAUAGCAGGCAAGGUUGCCAUUCUGGAAAUGGGCAACAAUGCCAGGUAAGCAAUUCUGAAGGGCAGAGCCUGGCCCAAUCAACCACCGGGAUGGAUUUUACCUCGUGGAAAGGAAGGCGCUGCGGUGGGAAAGGGGAAGCCCAGCAAAGUUCUUACGACCAUUCAGGCAACUUUUCAGUGCGGCCCACGCUGCUCCAGGCGACUCUCUUGAAUACGUAAGUUGCCUGCCAAAAAAAUUUAAAAAAAUGGAUUUUCUGACCGACUCUUCGCAAAAAAGGAGAACAUGUGGCCUGGGACGUAAAUCCCAGUUUCACGCUAGGGAGUGCUGUGAAUAUGUCCCUACGAGUUAAGAGGUGGCGAUUGGCUCCGGAAUACCUACCCCGUGGGGGAAUAUUAAUUAAGUAUAAGAAAGAAACUGAUCUCUACCACAUAGCUACCCAGCUCAAUCGCUCCCCAGCCCACUGCUUGAGUAAAUUACGCGAAAUUAUAGCCACAGGAACACUUCGGCCUGGUGCCUGGUCCGCACCAGAGGAUGAAAUCAUCAACGAAAGUGUAAGGAAAAAUAAAAAAUGGGGUUUUAUAGCGAAAGAGAUAAACUUAAGAGUACAUAAAGGGCUGAAGGUGAGGACUGGAAAGCAGUGUAAAGAAAGGUGGAAUAAUCAUCUCGAUCCUAAUGUAAAUAAAGGUCCUUGGAGUAAUGAAGAGGACUUACAGCUAUUGGAGUUGUACAAAGCCUAUGGCAACAAAUGAAGCAAGAUUUCGCAAAUUCUCAAAACCAGGACUGAGAAUAGUAUUAAAAACAGAUUGAAAAGUCUUAUAAAUGUAAAGAAACAAGAGCUGUCCAGUCUCGAAAACUCGAAUGUCACGAUUGAAGAACUCAUUGAUGAGAGAAAAAAUCGUGAAGUUGUUAAGAAAAAUCUUACUCUCCCCCCGUGAGUGAACAAAAAAAAUUUUGUUCACUCACGGAGGGGGCUUAUUUUUUUUUUUUAAAAAAUUUAUAUAUAAAUUUUUUUUCGAAAUUUUAAAAAAAUCCUAAUUUGCAAAAAUUGGGAAGAAUAUUAAUUUAAUUUAUAAAAUUUAUGUUAUAAAAUGCAGUUUGUUUAAAAUUAAACAGAUUUAGCUCGAGAUUUCAUUAUACUAAUUAUCACUUAUAUAUCAAUUUUUUUUUCAUAAAAAAAUUUUUGUUCACUCACGGAGAGGGGAGUUAGCAUUUCUGCUGGGGAUAUUCAAAACUAA